CCGGUCGUCAAUUCGCGACAUCGGCUAUAGGGGACUAGGAAAGGCGGGAGACACAACGAGACAACAAAUGGAUGCUGCCAUGAACAUUUUGUUAGAAAAUGAUAUGGUUAGCAAAUGGUGUAUCCCAGACUAACUACGCAAAGUCAGCCUCUGGAUCCAAAGCGCGGUUGCAGACUUGAAGUCCGUGUGCAUGGCGCUGUUGGUAUGCUAUGGAAUCUAUCCAGCUUUUAAGCUGUUAUAUAUUUGAUAGCUGGAAGAAGCUCUGCGCCAUGAAGCAUGGUGUGCCCCGCCUUCUAAUCUUCUGUGCCCCCGCCCGUUGAACUGCCCCUGGGAAUGAAUCACUUUUGGGUACCGCCAUACUUACAGUAUGCAGAGUAUGGUUUCAACAACACUGAUGCGCAAAGCCAUGAAUUAGACCAAACGAAACUCAGUCAACGGCGAGCAGCGCAAUGGCCACCUUGAGUUUGCAUACCGAGCAAGCUUUAAAUGUAGAAGUUGUAAUUGUUGGCUACGGCUCGGCAGGGGCUGCCGCAGCAAAUCUUGUGGCGUGUGGUGUUGCUCGGACACGGAGAUGUCUUGUCUUCGAAGAGGCACCGCAGUCGGAGCGGCAACCAUAUGGGCCACAUAUGAGCGGCUCAGAGCCGCUAGACAUCGCCGCGAGCCUCAAACGCACUCAGAGAUGCAUUCAGGGGGAUGCCUCGGAUCAGGGCCUACACGUGCAAGCGCAAUGGGGCGCUUCCGACGCGCCCUUGCACGGUGCCCAACCGCUGGUCUACCGCCACCACCGCCUCAUCCAGCUGGAGUGGCUGCCGUGCAGCAGUCAGCCACGUGCUGGGUCGGUGCCUGACACCCAUUCCGCGUCCCAGGACGCGCACGGGGGCGGCUGGCGGGCCAUAUUUAGAGAUACGCUGAACGGGGGCACCAGCGCUGUCACGGCGUCGUUUGUUGUGCUCGCUUGUGGCCAAGACCUUGCGCCGCCGGCGGGCGCUUCCCUGGCGCUGCGGCACCAACCAGGCAUGCAGCAGCAACAGGUUGGACCCGACGAUCACAGCAGCUGCCGUGGAUUUGGCGCGCAGCAACCCCAGCCGUCGGGGCAAGCGCGGAUGCUCCCAGUUGGUGUGGCGACCGCGGCGCAGGUCGCCGCCGCCAGCUCUGUGCGUGUUGUCGGCGCAGGGCUGCACGCGUGGGAUGUGGCAGCUGCCGUCGCUCUGCUACGGCAUGGGGAAGACGUGGUGCUACAGCAGCCAGCGGGCAGUGUUGUUUACAGCGAUGCACACACGGAGCACGGCGGUGCCCAGCUGCUGUCCUCCGCCCGGCGUCGCGCGCUGGCUGCCUCGCUGCAGCCGCACUACACUGCGCCGCAGCCCGGGCCGCUCGGCAAGGCGCUGCGGGCGCCCGCCAAGCGCCGCUUCUGGGCGCUCGUCAAGGACAAGCUCACGUUGGGGCGCGGAGUUGGAGGCAGCAGCAGUGGCAGUGGCAGCGGUGGUGCGGGGGAGCAUCUGGUGCUGUGGGCGCCCAGCCUGCAUGACCCCCGCUUCAUGCCGUUCCUGAGCGCCCCGUUGCGGCACGCAUUGCUGGGCGGUUCGGAUGGGGCCGAGGGGGCUGGCGACAUGGUUCUGUACCGUGGCAUGGUUCACCCGGACGUGCCUGGCCUGGCAUUCAUGGGCCUGGAGGCUCACGCCGGCAGCAACCUGCUGCUGCUGGAGCUGCAGGCGCAGUGGCUGGCGGCGCACCUUGCCGGUCGGCUGGCGCUGCCGCCGGCUGUCGCCAUGCGUGCUGACGUGGCGGCCCAGCGUGCGUGGCGGUCCGGCGCGCUGGCGCACCCGCUCAUGUCGGUGGGCGGCUCGCUGGCGAGGAGGCAUGAGCAGUGCUAUCUGGAGCAGCUGAGGCAGGACCUGCGGAGUGCCAGCAUCGCCACGGAGCCUGAAGCAGCUGUUGCAAUACAGCAGCAGGAUAUAGGCGCGGCAGCCUCACCAGCCUUCCAACCACUGCCAGGGCCGCCUCCGGUCGUGCCGAUUAGCACUGAUGCUGGACUGCGCGUGUCCGGCGGUGCCUCUGACGCCGGACUGCGGACCCCGGUGGGCCCCUUGGGGCUGGCUAGCCUGAGCCUUCAGUUGGCGCGGCAUGGCGGCGACUGCCGGCUGAGCGCUAGCCACAGGGCGGAGGAAAGCAGCGGGGUCGUCCUGACAGGGUCUCAAUCCCAGCGGGCAUCGCUUAGCCAGCUACCUGCAAACGGCAGCGGGGACACAGAUGUCGACGUUGCCGCUACCGCGCAAGGGCACGCAACAGCCGAGGCACCCCUGACGCUGGCUGCUGACCGGCUGCAAGCCAGCGGCACGUCUCCCGCAGCACAGCACUUCAUCAUCGCGCGCUACCGCACGAGCAGCAGUCAUGGACUGAUCGCAGCGUCUGCUCCCACGUCCCCGAGCCGGCGAGACCAAGCAGCCGGUGCUGCGGCCAGGCGGUCAGCCUCCCGGCCAGUCAGUAGCCGCUUCCGGCAUCACAUCGACGGUGCCGUCUCUGAGGCGGAGGAGGCGGACAAGGCAGCAGGCUGCUGUGCCGCAGAGCCCCCGGCGCAAGCCGCCACGGGCUCCCAGUCGCAUUCCGCAGUGAACGCGGGCUGGCUCGUGAACGCUGCCAUGCGCCACAGCCAAAGCGGCCCGCUGCAUGGGGCUGACCAACCGGGUGCGACGGGGCCCUCCCGACGAGCACCGCGCCGCAGCAUCACCACUGGCACAAUCGGCCACGUUCUGAGCCGCGCGCUGGCCGCUGCUGCCGCGGCGGCUGCAGCGGCGGCGGGGGCUGCUGGCGGCUGGACUGCAGCUAGUGCUGCUACCAGUCCUGGCCAUCGUGCUCAUGCACCUACUGCGGUUACUGCUGCAGCCUGGCGGCGGGAACGCCGCAGCACAACCUCCGUUCUGGACGGUGACGACCAAAGCCAUGGCGCCGGCGCAGGGAGCACCAGGCCCCCUCGCCGGAGCGCCGGCCUCGGCCCCGGCAUCAGCACUUUCUCAAACUCGACAGUCAGGAACGCUCGAGCGGCCAGCAUGAGCGGCCUUGGCCGCCAAGCAGCUGCUGCUGCGGAUUCUGCGGCCUCAGCGCCCGGUCAGCCAGUGGCACCUGGGUCGCCGCUCGCUGAAAGGUUUGCACGGAUGGUAGCUGCCAGUGGCUUACCCGCGUCGGUUCUGGUGGAGAUCGUGAAAGAGCAGCACCCGUCACGUGAUCGCGGCACCACCAGCGGCAGCAUCAGCGUUGGCGCCAGCCCUGCACAGCUGGGGCCACCACAGCCCCAGCUUGUGUCUCGGCUGCAGAGCAGCACAUUAGGCUGCGCCUCCGCGUCUGGCAGGAUGGAGACUUGUAUUCCACUGGCGGGCCCCCGCGCCCGCGGCCGCAUGCCGCCCCGCCGCGCAUCAUCCGAGGUUGGUCCGAGUCCUGGCGCGUCAGGUGCCGCAACCUCGACAGCCGCAGCAGACAGCGCCUAUCGCCUGGUGAUCUGUACGCCGCUCAGCGACGCCGAAUCGGACGCCGAUGCAUCCGUCCGCGGCGGUGUACAGCGGACGCGCGACGGUGCGAAAUCGUCAGCUGCAUCGGCCGUUUAUAACAAAAUCCCUGCCGCAAUGGCCGCAGCCCCCAACUGGGCACUUUACAUCAGCAGCCGUGCCGUGCCCAUCGCAGCUGCUUUGAUGGGUGAUGUCAACUCGCCGCCACCAAUGCGCAUGAGCCUGCAAGGGUCGGACCGGCUAGCGGCGAUGGACAGUGCUGCUUUUGCGGUCGCGCAGCAGCCCUCGCCGCCCCCACCACGUGGCAGCUCGCAGCGCUUCGGUAUGCCGGCGGCGCAUGCGCCGGCCGGCCUACUGGGGCUCAGCUUUGCUGCGUUGCGGCCGCGCUCGACUGCGUCACCGCCAGCUAGCACCUCGCGGAGCCGUGGGGGCAUGGCGAGCUACCUCUCACCCAGUGGGGCCGGCGCAUCAGUACGUGGCGGGGCUAAGGAGCAGCAGCCUACAAUGGAGGUGCCUAGCAUGAGCCUUCUGUCCAGCCAGGCUAAUGGCAUUAGCAACGGUGGUGACGCAGGUGGUGAAACCAGCGUUACGCCAAGAGCUGGCCGUUUCCACCUGGGCUCCUUCAGUGUUGGCGGCGGGAGCCACUUCAACGGCAGUGAGCGUAUUAGCGCUGGCGGCGGGGACGUCGUGCAGGAGCUUGAGGAGCAGAUGCGGGCACUCCGCACCCACUUGCAGAAUCCGGCGGCAUUCCCGUUUCCAUCCAUCGGACUUGCGUCCACCUCAGCUGCCUCGCGCGGCAGCCACACGCCCAGGCAUUUGAAUAGUACAGCCGGCGGCAAGAGCACGGGCAAGAGCAGCUUUAUCACUGCUGGUGCUAUCAGCCCAAGUAAAGCCCGCCGCUCAGCGCCCAAGUAUCGCGCCUCUGAGCCCAAUCUAGCUCUACUCGAGAACGACGGGGUGGUGACGCCGGGCAGGAAGACGGACGUUCAAAGCUGCAUACCCGAGGAGACAGAGUCUGCUGCCGCCGGUAGCUUCCUCGUCUGGCGCCGCAGCACCCGGCCCCGCGACAGCAGCAGCAGCCAGCAGCUGGCAGCGGAUGUGACUGCCGCGGCGGCAGCAGGCUCUGAACAGCGGCAAUCGCUUACUGGAUCGCUGGAGCGCCCGGCACGCCUGUCGCGCAACCACCUGCACGGCAACCAGCCGCCGUCACUGCUGGAACGCACGCGGUCUGGAGCAGUCGCCGCUGCCACGGCGCUUGCCAGUGCAUCGAAGCGGCAGCUGCACCGCCUUGCGUCCGUGGGCAGCGGGGCAAGGCCAUCCGUCUCUGAGGCGCCGUCGGUGAUACCAUCCCAGGCGCAGUCUCCUCCACCUGCCCCGCUUCCCCUACCCCUCCAGCUCCGGCAGCCGUCCCACGUUUUGGGCACAUCGCCACCCCGGCACAGGGAUCCACCAAGCGGAGCUGCCAUUAGCUCACACGACGUUAUCAACCACCUGCCAGCGCCAACGGCUGCACAUGAGAGUGGCGGCGGUGGCAGCUUGCCCUCCCGCUUCAGCGGUGCCGCCGCUGGUAACGGCGCCGGUGAUGUGAUGGCCUUUUCCUCAUCUCAAACUGCGGGCCGAACAUCCGGACAUGACUCGGUCCUCGGCAGCCACGCGUUUCCACCAAAAGUGGCACCGCUGGGCAGCAGGCCUCGAGCUGUCAGAUCAACACACCCGAGUGACAGGGAGGGCUACUCGCCCGCUACCGCGCCGAUUGGAGGUGGCAGCUUGCCGUCACCCAUGGCUGGAGCUAUCUUCGCGGCCGCCGCAUCGCCGCACGGCCUUACAGACCCGCUCGCACACCUUGCGCUGCCAAUGACGCCCUUGAGACACGCGCACGGCCUGCUACCUCAACCGUUGUCGUCAGCUAUAGCGUCGCCGCUCAGUUACCAACAGUCGCCGUCAGGUGCUUGCCCGCUCGCCCAUCUCCCGCUCCCUACCCCGGCGCUGGCGAGCCCGGCCCACAGCGUCGCUACGGCUCCAACGCCUUUCGGGCGUUGCUCUGCAAGUGAUGUCAUGUCUCCCCGGGGCAGCAGCCCUGACGGUGCGGCGUGGCUGCCGAGCAGAAGCAUGUCAGAGCACCCGGAUGACGCGCGCACCCCGGGCCCCAAGUCGCGUGGCGGUGCUACCGGUACCUCAGCCAUCAGUGCCAUCCCUGAGGAGCGAAGGAGCGGCAGCCGGCACAAGUCCCUGCGUCGCCAAAUCUCCGCAGCGCUGCUGGUACUUCAUCGUGCUGCUACGGGAGCAGUGGGCAGCAGUGCAAAGGGCACACCUGCAGGCGGCAAGGAGAGUGGAGGAGGCGGCCUGUUCGCACUGGCUUCUGAGGCUGCCCUCCUGCCCUACAGCAAGCGCAUACCCCGCAGCUUAAGCCGCGGCGGUGCCAACUCAAGCAGCAUGGGCGAACUCAGUAAUGCCAUUGCCUUGGGCGUUGCAGACAGCAUUGCCGCGUCUCCACGCGUGGCAGUAGCCGAUGGCGGAAGGGAAGCUCCUGUGCGGUCAGCGCCACCGGCGCUCCAGUGGCCUGAGCAUACGGAGCCUCUCGACAAACGCUUUGCCCAGGACGCUGUGAAGGCAGGAGCGGCCUCGUCAGCGGUGCUACCGGCGGUGCUGUCCGCUGCUCGGCGGAGUCAGGAUUCAGCUCUGCCCACCGCCACCGCAGCCUGCCUGCCGUCUCGCAGCGCAGCCUCUGCCACGGCUGCAAUGCUGAUGCGCACGGCGCCUCCCCGGACGCCUACCGUGAAUGACGCUGGUCAUACUGUGCUGCCAUCACGGCUUGCUGUGGUGAGCGUCGCGGGACUCGCAGCUCGCCAGCGCAUACGCGCCUCGGCACCCCCGCAAUUUGGGUAUGCGUGUGGCCCAGAGGUGGAUGUAGAGUCACAGGCCACGCGGCUUCCCUGCCUGCCGGGUGACAGGACGUCAGCGGCUGCAGGCAGCGACGCAGCGGCUGAAUCAGCUGACGUGGCGGGGCUGGCCAGCGGGCCCUUCGAGGCCAGUGCUGCAGGCCUUGUGGCCACGCUAGCUGUGCUGCAGGAGGCGACGGUGGAGGAGGACGUGGAGGACGAGCUGCCCCUGCGCCUGGUCAGCAACAUCCUGCCCAGUGCGAUCUCUGAGGCGGAAGCACUCGACAUCGCUCUCUUGGGCGGCUGUGGGCAGCGGGUCGGCGGCGCCGGCAGCAGCAGCGGCAGCAGCAGCAGCAGCGUGCCAUGCGGCACGCCGGCACCGAGUGGGGCGACACAGCUCGCUCUGCUGCAAAGCAGGUUGCAGCAGCACGAUCGAACCGGGAAUGAGGGCCAGGAUGUCGACGAGCUCGAUGUAACAGUGGGUCCCGUCGGCGCGACGAUGUUUGGCGUGGCCAUGCUUGGCGCCGCGCACUCGGCGCUGGCAGGGUCGUCCUCACGCCCGCAGCUUGAGUUCGUGCUUAGCCCACCAUCGCAGCAGGCGGAACUGCUGCGGCGAACUCACGCGGGUAGUCGUGGAAGCUCUGGAUCGGGCUCAAUCGUGCUGCAGCUGCCCUCGGUGCGGGGCGGCGUGGUUGCGGACUUGAUGGCGGCGGUUAACACAACGCGCCGCACGCCGCACGGCGGCAGUGACUCCGAAGUGGAUGAUGCGGAGGAGUAUGACAUCUUCGGGCUUUCGCACCUACUGCCACCCUCCCGGCGGACGUCUCCAGCCGGUCGCAUUGCAGCUGAGCUGGCGGGCCAAGACGCGAUAUCCCUGCCACUGCUGCAGCGGGCGCCGCAGGUGCCUGGCAAUUCCAGCCGCUCGCAAGAGCUCAACCUCGUCAGCGGGUGUGCCAUUCCGCCCGCGACAGCGCAGCAUCAGUCCCGGCCGUUCCCCAUGCAGCUGUCUCCCUCUGACCUGCCCUUGCAACAGCCCUUGUCGGCGGACAAGCUUACGGAUGACUUUGAGCUGUUGGAUCCAGAUGCCGACACCGCGCUGGAGGACCGCCUGAGCCCCGUGGGCAUCUGCGCCCGCUUCACGCCUGGCGCAUCGCCCUUCCGGCCCGCCUACGCUUCCUCACGCCGACUGUCACUCGCGCCGCGCUGCCCGAACACGGUUGUCGGCCUGGCGGACUCACUGAUCAGCACUGCUGAUGGCCAUGGCACCAGCACAGGUCCGCCGUCGGCGGGCUGGAGCACAGCAGCCCCAGGCCGACAGUCCAUGAACGCGGCCCUGCUUCUGUCCUCAGUCCACAGCGCGAGCUUUGGACAUGGAGGCGGGAGCCACGGCGGCACGGGCGCGGCUGCGGGCGGCGGCAGCAUGGCCAGCCGAAUGCUGGGCACGCUCAAGAAAAUGAGCUCGCUGGUGCGCACGCCAACAGCCACACCGCAGCAGACCGCGGCUCCGCCGCGCCGGUCAGCGACCGGCCUGAGCAAUGGCCGCGGCAGCAUCGGCGGCGUGCUGCCGCCCGCGUUCAGCCACCUGGCGUCUCUGCACGCCCUUGCGCCUGGCAGCGUCCGGGAUGCCUACGGCGGCCAGGGACGGGGUCGCGGCGGCGAUGGCCGUGAUGGCGCCGCCUCCAACGCCUUCACGCUGCUUUCGCAAACCCACUCGCAGCGAAGCAGUGGCGGUAGCGGCGCGGGCAGCGGCUGCGGCAGUGGCCAGCCCACCGCAUCGCCUGGAGCCAGUGCAGGGUCUCCAGCGGCCUCUGUGCCCGCCAGUCGCCGCACGCUGGUGGGCGGGACCUCAAUGCUGCGACAAAACCCGGCCCACAGCCACCUGCAGCAAUGCCUGCGCUCUGGCCCGCGCAUGAGCUCUCCCAACCUGCAGGACAUGCACGACGACCUGCUGGAGGCCGCGCGCUGGAGCGCCGCGCAGCGGCAGGAGCGCGACAUGAAGCGCCACGUGACGCAGCGGGCGCAGGUGCGCGACAGGCUCUGCAUGGUGGGGAUGGCGGUGGCCGACGCAAGUGCGGCGAACAGCCACGCACCUCAGCAACAGGAGCAGCAACAGCAACAUGACAAGGCGCUGGCGGGGGCCGUGUCCUCAUCGCAGCGGCCGCAGCUGUCGGAGCCGCUGCCUUCGCCACUGCCCUCACCGCUGGCAUCGCCGCGGUCCAGCCGGGCGCCGUCGCCCUUGCUCCAGGUGCGCGCGCAGCUUCAUGCUGCGCCGACACUGCCAUUGAACUGGUUUACACGCCACAGUAUGAAGGUCAAAACCCCGGGCGACGCCCAGACCCCCUCUGCCGGCGGCACACCGCCAGCCGCGGGAAGCAGCCGAGCCUUCCGGCGCUCCUGCACCUCGCCACGCUCGCCUCUGAGUCCAGCAGGCCGCGAGCACAGCCGCAUGCGGAACAUUGCCACGGCGGAGGGCUCGGGCCCUAGCUCGCCUCUCAGGUCGGGAAGUGCGCACGUGCUGACGGCACAUGGCGGCAGCUCCAACGCUCUCCAUGUCGUUGCCAGCGGAGAGGUCUCGCUCGGCAUCGCGCGUGCUGUGGGGAGGCUCGCACGCCACUCCAGCGCAAGCGGCCCCGGAGGCCUAGACCCGCGCGCUUUGGCCGCUGUUUCGGGAAGAGCAGCGGACGUUGAGGCGGUGUGCGCAGGGCUGGAAGCGGAAGCAGGGCCGACUGAAGACCACAGCGGGCAGGGCCAGGCCUGGUUGGACGCGGCUGCCGCCGGCAUCAGUGAGGCUUGGGAGCAUGCGCACAGCAACCAUGGCAGCGUCAGCAGCUGUGGCACCACGGGUGCCCUACUGCGUGCAGAUGCCGCGGACGUGUUUGAGGAUGGCGUCAGGCGCGGCGGUCCUGCCUGGGAGAUCAUACAGGCCAGCCGCGCCCGUCAGGAUCAAAUGGUCAACCAGGUGUCAGCAUGGUUGCGCGAGGCCCUCGCGAAAAAGGCGGCGGCGGCACAAGCGACAGUGGCGGCGCAAGCGGCGCAGUAACCUAUUUGCGCUCAGGGGUGCCCCUGUUUGCGCUAGAUGAGGGAUACACUGUUGGGAUGCACUGAGAGGGGCUGAGUGAUAGCGACAGGUUCAUGUUGUAGGAAGAAGACGCGGGCAGGGAUGCAUUCCUGAAUACGGGCAUGAGAUGGCUACGAACUUGCCGCUCAGAAAGGGCAUGGGUUUGAGCAUUUCACCCACGUCUUAUAUCUGUCACCGUGGCGAUGUUGCUGGGCGCGGCUUCACAGUUUUCUUUUAAAAAUUCUGUGCUGCCUGCUAGCUCCAACAACCUCCUCUGGCAUCGUACGCAUUCGUUUCCUAAAAGCAUCAGAUCAGCAUAUAUACCAUACUUGAUUGAUUGACUUCAUUACCUCGACUAGGCUGGGCAUGAUGUCAACACCACAAAAGCUGCUCUGUGCCAGUAAGGAUUUAGGAAGGUGGUGUGUACUGCGGGCCUGCACGAGACCGACGCUGCCAGUGGCACGUCCUUGCACGCUGUGAGUGGGGCCGCGCUUGUGGUGAACGUGUUUUACAGGCUCUUAGAUUACGUGCGCAUGUGUAUCUGCCACGUGAGUGUGUGUCAUAGCCGAGCUGUCGAGGUGAGCUGGGCAUACUUCCCAUACCAUACGGUAUUUGACUGACACACUUUCAACUCCGUUCACGGCCGCACGGAGGCAAGAGCCAACCGGCACGUCUGCAUGCGUACGGGUUCCCUGACCUGACAUUAAGCUUGUAAUCUAAUGUUGCACGUAUGAUUCUUGUGCUUGCCUGCGACUAAGAUGGCUUGGCUUGCUCAUGUGCCACGUAUGCGGCCUACGGCCUCAAGAGCACCAUGCAAACAUGCUGCGCCGCUUCCCGGUGCGCCAUCACAACAAAAACCACGAAUCAACGGGCUUGUAAAAGCAUUCCCAGCUGUAUGAUAGUGUUGCAUCCAUGUGUGGCGUAUAUAAUGCUAUCUCCGCGGUAUCACCUGCAGCAGUUCACAGUUUCAACUAGCUUUGAUUGCGCCUUGCCUGCUCACCCCUCCUCAACAGAGGUCGCCCUUGACGCUUUCCACUUGCAGAUAUGCUCUACUGUACUGCAACUAGCUGCACUAAGUUUACAAACGCUUAUCAAGGGUGGCGCAUACAGUAGGCACGGCUAAGACCGCCGUUUCCAUCGUUUUGCCACGCCCGGGCACUAUGAUAGUGUUGCACUUUGCAAAGGUAGGGCACACGCCGAUGCGGCCGCCGACGAGGCUGGGGAACGCCACCGCAUGGUCCUGUGCACAUAAGCAGCACGUGCCAGCGAGGCGGGUGGUGAGGUGGGCGCGGCGUUGCACGUGCUCGUGGGUGUAAUGGAAAAGGGGUGGAGCUUGAGCGGUGGCGGCAGGUGGAAUGGAACAGGGCAUUGGGCCGGUAGCCCGGUUGGCGUAAUCCCGUAGGGUGUAGCGUAUUCCCAGACCCCAACAUUU